AUGAAGUCAAACAGACUCACGCGUACCGUUUCCAGCAUAUCAAACCUAUCCAGGAGCAGCAAAAAAGGCAGCAAAGUCAACAGCGCGGCCAACAGUGCUCCCGGCACUCCCGAGGGUGAAUAUGAUAACCCACUCGAGAGCAUGGCCCGCUGGCGGCUGAACGCCAACGCAGUAGCCCUUCGCUCUGGGGCUGCCUUUGCCUUCGGGUUACAAAACCUCUCUGCCCCGGUUCCUCCCGCUGUAAAUAGAGUCAUCUGGCUCGACUCCACUUUGUCUGAAUGGAAGGGCAAGGAAAAGAUACGGGUCGACGUUUGGCUUCCUCCUCGAACCACCAAUACCAAACCGGCGGGGACGGUCCCUGCAGUUAUUAACUUUCAUGGCGGGGGCUUCAUCCUGGGACAGGGGACAGAUGAUGCCCGAUGGGCCGGCGCCGUGUCAACCGCUUUGAAUGCCGUCGUCUUCUCCGUCAACUACCGACUUGCUCCGGGCUACCCAUUCCCUACUCCGGUGGAGGAUGCUGCCGACUCUAUCCUUCAGAUCGUUGCACGUGCUGACGAAUUCCGCAUUGACAAAUCAAAUAUCCUGUUGUCGGGCUUCUCGGCCGGCGGCACGCUAGCGCUUGCUAGCUGGAAUCUCCUUCAAGAGCCCCAGAGGUGGGGUUAUGAGCUUAAAUUUCCUAUCCCCGACAUAUCCGGGAUUGUCCUCUUCUAUCCCCUCCUCGACUGGACAAUCACAAGGCCCAUGAAGCGUGAGACAUGUGGCAGGCCAGACAUGACUUUGCCAAAAGGCAUGACCGAUCUUUUUGACGCGUCUUAUGUGUAUCCUCCCCGGCCCAGGUCCGAGCGCUACGAUCCAAGGCUAUCUCCAGGGUUGAUGACAGACGAGAUGGUGGAUCGUCUGCCACCCAUUCACCUGUGCAUGUGCGAAUACGACAUGUUGCUUUUGGAGGGACAGAACUUUGCUGAAAGGCUACAAUCCCGAGGACGCCGGAUCAGCACUCGCGUGGUCGCCGCAGAAAAGCAUGCGUGGGAUAAACCACCGCCGUUCACGCCAAAGGCGAGCGUGACCGUGGAGUACAACGCAGCCAUCGCCGUCGUCAAGGAAUGGCUUGCCCGUAAUCUGUCUGGCAAGAAUAAAUCCGAUAAUGAUACAGAAAGCGCUAGAGUAGACAGUGUGUAA